UUCUGCCAAGGGAACAUUUUGUUUUUGGAAAAGCGUCUCAGUUGCUUCUUAGCACACAACCGGGCAGAGUGUGUGCAGUAAGUUGUUCAAAAUGAGCAUUCAAUUGUGUAACAUUAAUCAAUGGAUUGAAGACAACAAAGCUUCUUUCUUGCCACCUGUUUGCAACAAACUCAUGCAUGAGAAACAGUUGAAAGUCUUCUUUGUCGGAGGGCCCAAUCAGCGUAAAGAUUUCCAUAUUGAAGAAGGUGAAGAGUUAUUCUACAUGAAAAAGGGUUCAAUGGAGUUGAUUGUUCAGGAACAAGGAGCUUUCAAAACGGUUGCCAUUCAAGAAGGGCAAGUAUUUUUACUUCCGGGAAAGAUUCCGCAUUCGCCUCAGAGGAAAGAUGACACAAUCGGGUUGGUAGUCGAGAGAGAAAGAGCGAAACAAGAAUUGGAUUGCCUCAGGUAUUUUGUAAACGAUUCGACCGAGUCGCUGUUUGAGAGGUGGUUUUAUUGCGACGAUCUUGGAGUUCAACUUGUUCCAGUCAUCAAAGAGUUUUUCGCCUCGGAGCAAUGCAAAACAGGACGUCCCGUACCGGGAACGAUUCCGGAGAAUCCUCAUUUCCAUCCAGAUGGCCAACUCCAAUUGGAAAAUCCUUUCAACUUGAAAGAGUGGCUCCAAUCUCAUGGCACUGAAAUCCACCAAAAUGGCAAGAAGAAUUUGUUUGAUGGCGCCAAAUACAAAUCGGACGUCAUUAUUUAUGGCAAAGGAGUCGAUGAGUUUAAAGCGAUUCAACAUGAAAUUUGGUUGUGGCAAUUGGAAGGUGAAUCCGUUGUGAAAUUAAACGGACAAGACAUUACCCUCAAAUCCGACGAUAGUCUUUUGAUUCCGGCUGGAGAAGAGCACCAACUGAUGCGUGAUGCCGAUUCGUGUUUCCUUAUGUCAGUAGCCAUGCCCACGCCAAAUGGAAAUAUUUAAUGCCAAACAACCAAUACAGUCAGUAUAUUGAAAGGUAGUUUUUUUUAGUAGAGACUAACUAUAUACUAAAUGUAUUAGUAAAGCAAUAAAUAUCAAAUGCAUUUCAUUAA